UUCCCUGCUCCCCAUCUACCUGAUUUUGAGUCUGUCUCCCCUCCUGGACUGUGAAAUCCUGAAGGCAGGAAGCAUGUAGACUCUGUUCCUCCUCAUCUACCUUUAGUACCUGACUUAGUGCCUGGCAACAGGGUCAAGAGUGAAAGAAUGUUUGUUGAAUGAAUAAAUGAGAGCACAUUAAGCAGAUAGUGGAAAGGUGCAUAGCUCCAGGGCAUUAUGGGUAACCUCCUUGUCACUGGUGCUCAGGCGGCCCACACCUGCAGGGCCCUGAUGGGAGAGGCAGAGGGUGUGAGGGUCCUGGAAGUUGAUGUUAUGGAGCUGCUGGGUGACUGGUGGGUCCUCCUCUGCUUGCCUCCGCUCCCACCACCCACUGUCUCUCUCAGAUGAUGCUGUCACAUUCAGUGGGAAAGUUCUAUAUCUGUAACGCGGGGCGGGGUGUGUGGGGGGGUUAAUGUCCAUCCCAGGAACCAAAUGAACAUUGCUGAGCCCCCGUCUCUCCAUCUGGAAAAGGAAUGGGAGAGAGCCUGCUAGUGAGUCAUCGUGAGGAUUCCACUGAGUGGGAUCACUCGUUAAAGCCUCCAGCCCAGCGCCUAGCACAGAGUAGCCCGGGUGUGCCCUGGGCUGGCACAUAGUUCCUGCAAGUCUCCCUUCCCUCACCUGGAAAGGAGGUUAAUGAGAGCCCCAGCAACCGAGGAGGGUGGUUUCAGGCAGAGGGUGCUCAGCACAGCAGCUGGCACUGAGCAGGGCCUUGUGAACAGCGGCUGCCUCCAUCCACGCCAGGCACUGUUCCAAGUUCUUCUACCCUGGCCUGAUGUCAUUCUCGCGAGUCCAGAAGUAAUUCCCGCUGACAUUCUGAUGUUUCAGUGAUGCCAGGUAAGCUCUCCUGUGUCAGAGCCGUGUCUGAGGAGUUGGGGGUCCAGAGUUUCCAUGGCAACCCCCCAGCCAUGUGUCCAGAGCAUCCUUAGAGUGGACCCUGGGCCUCCCUUGGGACCUCCCUGGGUGCCUGGUGCACGGUAGGUUUGCGUCAGGGUUUGCCGAAUGGACUAGAGGCUCGGGCACCCUGUGAGCCUCCCUGGGACCCUCUGGGUGUGGGGGGUAAAGGCUUGGGCCCCGAGUCCCUCUGGGGCAGAAUACAGCCUCCUGCCAGGCACACUGGAUGGGCUGCAGCCAGCCCUUGCUCCCUUUUCCAGCCUGGUCUGUCCUGCUGCCUGCGAGUGGCCCCCUGAGCAGCCCAGCCCCUCCUCUCCAGCGGGGCCUUGGCAACCCAGCCCUCAUUGGCUGCACGUAACCUUGGAGACGGGUCCCCGCAGAGCAAACAAGCCACAGGGCUCCGGGCAGAAUGGUUCCUCCCUCCUCACCCUGUCCCCUCCCACUGCCAUGAGGGAUCUCUGCACCACCCAGAGCCAAGCCUACUGGCAAGAGCGCAUCCAGAAGGAGACCACAGCCCGGGUCACCUGGAAGAUCAACUAUGGCCACAAGUACCUGAAGGAGGGGCCCAUGCCCAGGAAGCGGCUGCAGCGGGCCCCCCUCAGGUUAGCCUUGGGAGCAGGGCACUUGCCUGCCACCAGCGCCCCUGAGAGCAAGGAAAUACGGGAUGGAUGGCCAGAGACCAAGGGGGUCCGGGAUCAACUGUCCAAGGGAGUGGGAGUCCAGGGCCCCCCACCCAAGGGAGAGAAAGCCUGGGAGGCCCAAAGAGCCCCUCGGGGGCCAGCAGUCCAGACCAGGCCAGGGGGCUUAGAAAUGAGGCAGGUCCCCGCCUGCACCUUGCGGCUGCUCUUCCAAGGCAUCUCCCACGACGGCCAAGGCCGGGCCUCGUACCUCCGUGAGCGGCAUCGGCAGAAGCCAGAGGAGAAGUUUCUGUACCCGGUCUUGUCAUCCUGGGAGUACGGCUGGCACAUGGGGGACAUCAUGAAGGCCACCAGGGCUCCAACGUAUGCCAGGUGCCAGCCCAUCUCAAAGACCUUUUACAUCAAGAGUAGCGUCUUCCAUUUUCCACGGCGAACAGACCAGCUAAGCUGAGCUCAAGGGGGGCUCAGAGGCUGCUCCUGCCUUCUCCUGCAGUCUGUCCGGACCCCGCUGCACAGAUACGCUGCCGCUCCACCCACCUUCCCUCCGUUUGUCCGGCCCUGCCUUCUCUGCGGAGCAUGAGGGGACAUGAGUGCUUUUCUCUACCUCUGGGACUCAGGGUGGCCCACCUGCAGCCUCUUGGAUGUCCUCAGGGACUUCAGCUCCUUGCACAGCCCUGCCCCCACCAUCACCAGCCAAGUGUGGGGUGCUCGCUGCCCUCCCAGUGUCCCAGCAGCAGAGCAGGAGGCAGGGGAGGGGCUCGCUAAGUGGAGGAGAGAAGUAUCUCCCUGUCUUGACUCUCUCUAUAUUUCAGUGAAGGGACCCACAGCCGAAUCGCUUGGUCCCAGUGUAUCCCCCAGUUCAAGGAGGAAGUGGUUUCUAUGUUUACUUACUAUUUCUCUCACUGUCCCCUACCUCCACCCCGAAGUACCUGCAUGGGUCAGAUUUGCCUUGUUUUUGUAGCAAACAGCCACCACCUUUAUUGCUUUAACCAAUAAAGGCAUAUUCGUGCAGCACGGUGCACUCUGAUGGCCAGUGCGCCGCCUGUCGCCUGCCGCCUGCCAACCUGGGGAGCCGAGCCACUCCCAUCUGCUGGCUCUGCCAUCUCCUAGGGCUUCAGGGUCUUUCCCUGAGUCUCUCUGCAUCCAGCUGAGGACAAGGGAAGAGACAGAGUCUGGGGAGAACACACCCAUUCUUAACUGCCUUGGUCCGAAACGGACCAGUGUCGCCUCCCGUCACGUCCUGUUGGUGAGAACUCAUUCCAUGACUUCUAGGUGUGUGAAGGCUGAGAGAGUUGUGUCUCUUCUGGUCAGCCUCUCAGUACAACUUCACAGACGAGCCAGGCUCCCUACAGCUGAGAUUUGAGCUAAUUGGCCUGGCUUUCCCUCAUCGACUUCAGGAAAGUUCUGGAGUGGGGAAGAGCAAGAGGCAGAGGAUGUGAGUGAGGGCCAAAGUGUGCGUGUGAUUCAAAUGGAAUUCACACUUUGGCUUUGCAUGCACACCAGAGGUGCUUGGCAACAACCUGCUGAAUGUACUCAAAUACCAAAGAACACCCUGGAUUCCUCCAGGGGCCAUGUGAUUGCAACAGCCAUGGAUCUGACUGCUCCUGUGGGAUCAGGGGCCACACCUUCUGGGAGUUCACAGUGCAGACUGAGAAGGGCUUGUGAUGGGGAAGGUGGGCACUUUGGGAGCACAGAGGAGACACUGAAGUCGGCAUGGUGUGAAAUUGAUUUAAGUGAUGAUUUUCUCAAUUCUCUCAAGGAGGGGACUCCGUAGCUAGCACCGUUCUAGAGGCUCGGGAAAGAGAUUCAUUACAAACAGUGAAUGUCCCAGGAUGUUAGGCUUACUUCUUCUGAGGAAUUUAUUUGUGUAUGUAUUUAACAAAACUCCAAUGUGGCAUUUACUAUGUACGGGCAUUUUUCCAAGGCUGCACUGUGGCAAUCGGUAGGCAUAAGCCACACGGGUCCAUUGAGCCCUUGAAAUGUGUUGUAAGCAUAAAAGAUACACGAAAACUUGAAGAUUUAAUAUGAUAAAAAAGGUAAACUAUCUAAUGAUUGUUAUAUUGAGUUACAUGCUGAAAAGACAAAGUCUGUCAUUUCAGACUUGGAUGCUGGAUUAAACCAGCGAUUGGCAGACUUUCUCUGGAAAGGACUAGUUGUAUUUUCCACUUGGGAGCCAUCCAGUCUCAACUCCACAGCUACUCAACUCUGCAGUUACAGGGUAAAGGCAGCCAUAAAUAAUACAUAACCAAAUGGGUGUGGCUGUGUGCCCGUAAAGCUUUAUUUAAAAAAAUAGGCAGUGGGCUCGACUUGACCUACAGGCUGUCAUGUACUCAC